GGUACCUGCCCGGAGGAUCGGUCCCCACCCCCCCUCAACCCCCCCGGCCGCUCCGAGGUCCCUGCACGCCAGCAGUGAUGAAGGCUGCAGUGACACUGGUGGGAAGCCAAGGCAUUGUCUCGGCCACCGAGGUCCUCCUGGCAGCUGCUGUCUUCUGCCUGGUCUUCCUGCUCAUCCAGUCCCUCCAGCAGCACGUGCCCCAGGGGCUGAAGAGCCCCCCAGGACCCAGAGGCUUCCCCAUCCUUGGCAACGUGCUGGAGCUGAGGAAGGACACACACCUGGUCCUGACCAGGCUGAGCCAGCAGUACGGGGACGUGAUGCAGGUCAGGAUUGGCAGCCGGCCCGUCCUGGUGCUGAGCGGGCUGGACACCAUCAGGCAAGCCCUGGUGAAGCAAGGAGAAGACUUCAUGGGUCGUCCUGACCUCUACAGCUUCCAAUACAUUUCAAACGGGCAGAGCCUGGCCUUCAGCCCCGACUCAGGGGAGGUGUGGAAAGCCCGCAGAAAGCUGGCCCAGAACGCCCUGAAGACCUUCUCCAUCGCCCCCAGCCCCACCUCCUCUUCCACCUGCCUCCUGGAGGAGCACGUCUCCAAGGAAGCUGACUACCUGGUCACCAAGUUCCUGGAGGUGAUGGAGAAGGAGAAGAGCUUUGACCCUAACCAAUACCUGGUGGUCUCUGUGGCCAACGUCAUCUGUGCCAUCUGCUUUGGCAAACGUUACGACCACAGCGACCAAGAGCUGCUCAGCGUGGUGAACCUCAACAAUGAUUUUGGGGACGUGGCAGCUUCUGGCAACCCUGCUGACUUCAUCCCUGUGCUCCAGUACCUUCCCAGCCGCACCAUGCAGCUCUUUAAGGACAUCAACAGGCGUUUCAACUUCUUUGUGCAAAAAAUUGUCCAGGAACAUUAUACCAGCUUUGAUAAGGAGCACAUCCGGGACAUCACAGACUCACUGAUUGAGCACUGCCAGGAGAAGAGCGUGGGCGAGGAUGCCCAGGUCCCCCUCUCCAACGAGAAGAUCAUCAACAUUGUCUAUGACCUCUUUGGGGCUGGCUUUGACACUGUGACAACUGCCUUAUCCUGGAGCCUCAUGUAUGCUGCCUUGUAUCCUGACAUCCAGAAGAAGAUCCAGGAAGAACUAGACCAGACCAUUGGCCAGGAGAGAAGACCGAGGCUGUCAGACCGGGGCACCCUGCCCUACCUGGAAGCCUUCAUCCUGGAGAUGUUCAGACACUCCUCCUUCCUGCCCUUCACCAUCCCACACAGCACAACCAAGGCCACGGUGUUGAGCGGCUACUACAUCCCCAAGGACACCUGCGUGUUUGUCAACCAGUGGCAAGUGAAUCACGACGAGAAGCUUUGGAAGGACCCUUCAACCUUCAACCCUGAGAGGUUCCUCAACGCUGCGGGGACCGAAAUAAACAGGGUAGAGAGUGAGAAGGUGAUGACUUUUGGGCUGGGGAAGAGGCGAUGCCUCGGGGAGUCCAUCGGCCGCUGGGAGGUCUUCCUCUUCUUGGCCACCAUGCUGCAGCAGCUGGAGUUCAGCCUGCAGCCCGGGGAGAAGGUGGACAUCACUCCUCAGUAUGGACUGACAAUGAAAUACAAGAGAUGCGAGCGCUUCCAGAUUAAGAAACGUUCCCCCAUGAAGAGCUCUCUGUGAGAAGAAAGCCAGUGGGACACGCAGCCUGCUUUUUGCCAACGCUCUCAAGAAGCCAGCACGGCCCUCCCUCCCUGUGUGGCUUCACUGGAGGCUUGUUCAGCUCAUGCAAAUGCCAAGGAUGAAGCUGGCUUUGUUGGGCUCCUCAUCAUCCCCCCCCAAGCCAGCUCCCUCACCCUUUGCCUACAGGAAAGCUCACCAGAGGUCCAAGCUGCCCACCCUUGGAGGUCCAGCCCCACCGUGGGGUUGUGGAGGAUGCUUUGGGCUGUUGGGUGGAAUAGCCCAGUGCCACGGGCAGAGCAGGAGCUGCUGCAGGCAACUGCCAAAGGGGAAUCAACCUGCAGGUUCUCCCCUAGGAAACCUGGCCAGCCAUUCCCCACGGGCUGCAAGGCUCUCCAGCUCAUUUGGCAGAGCUGUUUGCAAAGCCUCCAGCUCCUGCUGCCGAUGGGAACGGGCUCUCCUGCUGCUCCAGCUGCCUUCCAAAGGGCUCUCAAGGUGCCAGAGGCCAGACCUGCCCCUGCACCACCAACCAACCUUCUCCAGAAGGUGCUGGGCAUGCUCUUGCACUGCUCAAUCCCCUUGAAUAUUCAUCCAUGAAGUGAAGCCUGAGCCUUUCUACCAAUCCUUGGUGGCAACCAACUAGAGAAAGAAAUAAAACCUGCCUUUCAGAUCAUGUAUUUGCUGCUUUUUUAAAAAUAAAAUUCAUAUUUUUUUUA